GAUGGAUGCAAUACCAUGCUUUCUGCUCGUCCUCCUGUUCGGGACAAGGAUACAAGAAAAUACCGCCCUCCAGUGUUACUGUGACCGCUGCAGCGCCAACUCCAGCUGCACCACAGAUGGCGUCUGCUUCGUCGCCAUCCGCAAGUCGGGCAGCCGGCUGACCACCGAGCAGCGCCAGUGCGUGCGAGAUAACGAACUAAUCCCGCGAGACCGGCCCUUCAUCUGCGCCCCGUCCGCCAAACAAGAUACGGGUAUUUACCCCAUCUGCUGCACGACGGACUACUGCAACAAAGACCCCAACAUCAAGAUCUUCCCCGGCCCCACGGUGAAGCCUCCUCCUCUGGGCCCCGUGGCCCUGGCAGCGGUGAUCGCGGGCCCCGUGUGCGUGCUCUGCCUGCUGCUCGUCGUGGCGUUCUACGUUUGCCACAGCCACAGGGGUCUGGGGGCCGGAGGGGCCGGGGCCCACCACCACCACCACCACCGGGUGCCCAACGAAGAAGACCCCUCCAUGGACCACCCCUUCAUCACUGUGGGAACAACGCUGAAGGACCUCAUCUACGACAUGACCACCUCGGGGUCUGGAUCAGGUCUACCACUGCUGGUCCAGAGGACCAUCGCCAGGACCAUCAUCCUCCAGGAGAGCAUUGGUAAGGGGCGUUUUGGAGAGGUGUGGCGGGGCAAGUGGCGCGGCGAGGAGGUGGCCGUGAAGAUCUUCUCCUCCCGCGAGGAGCGCUCCUGGUUCCGCGAGGCUGAGAUCUACCAGACUGUGAUGCUGAGACACGAGAACAUCCUGGGCUUCAUCGCUGCUGAUAACAAAGAUAACGGGACGUGGACUCAGCUGUGGCUGGUGUCGGACUACCACGAACACGGCUCCCUGUUCGACUACCUGAACCGCUACACCGUCACCGUGGAGGGAAUGAUCAAACUGUCCCUGUCCACGGCCAGCGGCCUCGCUCACCUGCACAUGGAGAUCGUGGGAACACAAGGUAAGCCGGCUAUCGCCCACAGAGACCUGAAGUCAAAGAACAUCCUGGUGAAGAAGAACGGGACCUGCUGCAUCGCGGACCUGGGUCUAGCCGUCCGCCACGACUCUGCCACCGACACCAUCGACAUCGCUCCGAACCACAGAGUGGGAACCAAAAGGUAUAUGGCUCCAGAGGUCCUGGACGACUCCAUAAACAUGAAACACUUUGAGUCUUUCAAGCGAGCUGACAUCUACGCCAUGGGAUUGGUCUUCUGGGAGAUCGCCAGCCGCUGCUCCAUGGGAGGCAUCCAUGAGGACUACCAGCUGCCCUACUACGACCUGGUUCAGUCAGAUCCAUCAGUGGAGGAGAUGAGGAAGGUGGUCUGUGAGCAGAAGCUUCGGCCCAACAUUCCCAACCGCUGGCAGAGCUGUGAGGCCCUGCGGGUGAUGGCGAAGAUCAUGAGGGAGUGCUGGUACGCCAACGGCGCCGCCCGACUCACCGCUCUCCGAAUCAAGAAGACCCUGUCCCAGCUCAGCCAACAGGAGGGAAUCAAGAUGUAGACACAACUACCAAACACACACACGCACACACACACACACACACACGCACCCACACACCUCUGACUGGCAUCCAUAUCGUUAGCAUUACAGCAUUAUUAUCUUCAUUAUUACUCAUUGGUUGCUCCUCCCCUUUGGUUUGAAGAGAAGUGAAGAAUAUUUUUCCCCUCGUGCUCUUUUUUUUUUCCCCAUUUCAUUCAUUGACAAACUGAUGAAUCCUGCACCUGAAACUCAGGAACCAUCAGUGUGUGUGCGUUGCUCUGACACACACACAUGGAUGGCUGGAUCGAUGGAUGGAUGGAUGGAUGGAUCUGAUGAGGGGUGUUUGUUUCUGAAGGGGAUAAAAGAGGCAUUAAAAGAUGCCUCCACUCAUUAUCCUCCAUGUUCAUUUACUAUAUUCAUCCCAUGAAGACCCACAGAGGCACCUGGUC